CACGUGACCGUUUUCCUGGCUCGCGGUUGUGGCACAAAUCGUGAUUUUCGAGGCUCUUUCUCUAUGGACUAUAACGGGGAAAAACGGACAAAGACGCAUAUUUACAAAUCUUAAAAUUGGAUGUGUUAAAUUGUUUUGUUCUGGGGGUUCUUUCGGCAAUUGAGGAGCCGCUUUCAUAGGAGCUGCCGUUUAGUUUUUACUACGGGGUUUGUUUACCACAUUUCAACUUGGUUGAGCCGUCGGAGAUGAGUGGUCCCGAGGUAGUGAAGACGCCGGGGGGUGGGGCUCCGGGGAAGGAAGGCAAGGAGCCUGUAGCAAAUGGGCAUCCAGGAGAGGGGGAUCAGGGAGGAGACGAUCCCUUUGCUGAGUACAUGUGGAUGGAGAACGAGGAUGUUUACAACAGACAGGUUGAAGAGGAGUUGUUGGAGCAGGAGUUCUUGGAGCGUUGUUUCCAGGAGAUGUUGGAUGAGGAGGACCAGGAUUGGUUCAUCCCGGCCAGGGACCUCCCCUCGGGGGUGGGUCAGAUCCAGCAGCAGCUUAAUGGCCUGUCAGUCAGCGAUGGAGGAAACGCAGAGGAGAUGGCGAGGAAGAGCAACUUGAACCCCGAUGCGAAGGAGUUCAUUCCAGGAGUGAAAUACUAGGAGUCCCCCUCACCCCCAGGGAGCGCCCACGCACACACAAGCACGAUCUCACACACCCUCGCAGAGACUCUGGCGGCCUCGUCCGGAACACACACACACACACACACACGAACAACACACACAGGUCCAGGGCGUGUAGGUAGAAACCCAUAGGAGGGUGGGGGGACUUUUAUUUUGAUUUUCUGUUUGUUUGAUGGUUAACUAAGGGACAGGGUGGGGGGUGUCAGUAUGAAUAAAACCCUAUCGAGGGAGCUGCUGCUCCAUGUACACUGUAAAGGUAGUGUCUCAAAUUGCACGCUAUUCCCUAUGUAGUGCACUACUUUUGACCAGGGCCCAUGGGCUUGAGUCCAUAGGGAACAGGGUACCUUUUCGGAUGCACACCGAGACGUACAUAUACAGAGUAACGAGAAACUCUGAGAUUUACCGACCUUUUUCACGGUUGCCAUGUUGGCACCUAAAAACUCCAUGAUAUUGCAACAGGCAAAUCGCAAAUGACACCCCGUUCCACCUUCAUUGUGCACUAUCUGGUCCAAAGUAGUGCACUACAUAGGAAAUAGGGUGCCAUUUUGAGAUCUGCAUUUAUACUUUUCAUGGCUGCCAUGUUUGUGCCGGAAUGUUCCACAACAUUACCAUUCUAAUUGGAAUCCAACUAAGAAUGUUCUUGUUGCUAUAGAAUGACCCGGUGCCAACAUGGAUGACAGACAGUUGUCCGUUCUAGAACUCUGUACAUCUACGUACCUCUGGUAACAAUAUGACAUCAUAAUGACUCUGUUCAAUAGGUCGUUAUCAAUAAAAUGUCACAAUACGGUGCAGAGGUUUUGAAUUGCUUGCUGAGGGGGCAAGGAGACUCCUAGCUCCACUUAAACCGUUGACAACUGCGUGCCGUUUUCAAGGGAUUGUUAAAUAAAUGUUAACUAUUUGGUUGUAAAUAUCAUCUCCUCUUGAAGCCCAGAGUCAAAAAUACAAACUUCAGAUUAUCCCACAUUUGCCUUUAUCAUCAGUUCUAAAUUAACUGCAUACUUUCCGUGAUCAGUAAACAUCAACUGAUCGUGGAAUUUCAGAUACGUGAGGGUAGCCUCACGAUAUAUAUCAAUAUUGACCACCAUUGAUUGGAUAUUUGAGCGAUAGAAAGGAGAGCUAUUACCUGACAAGUAUGAGUGGUUUAGGUUAAUUUCCCAUCAGUUGUGGGCUCUGCCUGUCAAGCAGCAGAAGGGGGCAUUUGCAGAUGUACUGUUGUUUUGAUAAUGUUUACUUUGCUAGCUACUGGUAGAAACGUUGUACAGUUGGCUAAACAUAGUGGUAAGUAGACCUAAUGUACUUUUUUCCCCCAACCAACAUAGGCCUACCUAGUAACGUUAGCUAACAUUAUCCCCUUUACAACAUUGUUUUUAAGAGUGUUUUAAUCCCUAUUGCUGCUGACAGAUGUGAGAAUAAAUUGAUGUAACGCGUCAAUGUGGCUAGCUAACGGCAGAUUGCGUCAAUGUGGCUAGCUAACGGCAGAUUGCGUCAAUGUGGCUAGCUAACGGCAGAUUGCGUCAAUGUGGCUAGCUAACGGCAGAUUGCGUCAAUGUGGCUAGCUAACUUUCAGUGUAUUAACUAGAUUGCUAUAUCCAGAUAUUGUUUGAUUUGCUUGUCCUCUAGUGGAGGUGACCGUAGUCCACUUUAUCAAGAUGAGGACUCGUCCAUGUCAAGCUCUUUCCACAAGCCUAAUCUCUGAUGAAGAAAGCUAAAUUAUGUUGUCUGAAUCUAUUUUGCUACAUGCCAAAUUAAUAGGCUACUCUCACAUAUAAAAAAAAAAAAUACAUGAUCAAUUGAUGUUUAUUGACCAUGAGAGCACGCAGUUACUUGCUGUAUAUCUCUUGACUAUGCUCUUCAAGAGUUGAUGAAAACGGUUAUUUAACAAUCCCUAAAAAUGGCACAUAGUUGUCAAUGGUUUUAGCGGAGCUAGGGGUCUCCUUGCCCCCCCGAGCAGCCAACUCGAACACUCUGCACUGGAUUGAUGUUUUCAUUGAUAACGGCCUACAGACCUGCCUAAAUUUCCUCUUAUGACAUCAUAAACACUCUCUGUGUAGAGCGGUUUUUAUUCCUCAUGGGUCUGGUUCCAAACCAGUUACUCCUCUCCUAUCCCCUAACCCCUUGUGGGUGAAAAGAUUGAGGUUCCAGCCCCCAUAUCAGAACCUGGAUCUGAAAGGUAGGUCGUGUAUGGGGAGCAUUUGGACCCUUUUGAUGGUUCUAAGUGAACAAGGGUGUAGGGGUUAGGGUAUUUUAGAGUUUGGAACGAGGCUGUUCUCUCUGGCUUGCAUCUCAAAUGGCACCCUGUUCCCCGUACAGUGUUCUACUUUUAACCAGAACCCUACGGGCUCAGGUCAAAAGUAGUGCACUAAAUAAGGAACAGGGUCCCGUUUGGGACGCGGCCUCUCAGUACUGAAAGAAUGGAAGCAUCAUGUUGAACUCUUGUUGGUUCAAUCGUGUUUAUAUAAACACCUGAUCAGGCUCUGUUUUAAAAUUUAAAUCUCAUUUAUUUUGUCUUUCGAGGAGCAAAGUUGUUUUGUCUCUCUUGGGUUGCCGCAGCCUGUGGUCAAAACGGGAAUUGGAAAUGAAUUCCAAAAUGGCACCCAUAUUCCUUUGUAUAGUGCCCUACUUCUGAUCAGGGCCCAUGGGGCUCCCAGUGGUAGUGCACCACAUGGGCAAUAGGGUGCCAUUUUGGGGUUCAUACUUGUCUGUCUUUAGCUCAGUGUCUAGGGGAGGUUCAAAUGAAUGGGCGGGACUUGAGGUCAAGUUGACUAAUCACAGGCCACGUGCAUGCUGAGUCAACCAAUAAGAAUUGUCCGCCGAGUGGAUUUACAUAAAUCAUUUUCUUUUUUGUGAUUUUUGAGUUGGAAAGUCCUGACAACACAAAGUAUGAAUUUCAAUACAAAAAAAAAGAUUAAUAAAGAUGAAAAAAUGCA